AAGCCAGGCUUGCUGCUUUCACCCAACCCGCCGCAUUGUCAUUUUUGCAAAAAACCACCAAACUGCGGAGAACGCGGCAACGGUGGCCGCGCGAAGCGGCGCGCGCUGAGCUCCGAGCCACUGCGGGCUGCGCGAGACUCCCGCCCCCACUCGCCUCUCAUCCGCUUCAUUAGCGAGGAGAAGCGGAGGAAGAAGAAGAGAGGUGAUGCGCGCAGGCGCAGGCGCACGAGGCCCGCGUGGGGAGGGAAGGGGGGAAAAGAGAGCCAAAGACCACACACACACACCGAAUGUGGGCGUGGCCUGACGCGCGGUUUCCUAGGAGCCGAAAGUGGAAGAAGGUCGAGUAUGUAAAGCGGGGGGGCGGAGCCAAGGCCGCUCACUGGCUGAGAGUGAGGGUGAAGGGGCGGGGCCUAACGCCUCAACCUCUUGCUGCGCCUCAGGGAUGGCGGAUGAUGGUGAUCGACGGUGGGGGGGGCGGGGCAUGGGAGGCGAGCGAGGGCGGGGGCGGCGCCUGGAGGGAACGGGGAUUCAUCCUUCCCCUCGCUCCUCUCCCUUGUCUCAGGGAGCCUCCGUUGGGCGGAGAGGACAGGUAAAGGCGUGGGGGGGGGGAGUGUGAAGGAGCCGCUGUCACCUUGGCUUGCUUUCCUUUCCGGCUGUCUCUGGGGAGGGGGGGCGGUGUGUUGCUGAGGGGGGGGAGGAAGGGGGCUGGGCAGGCGGUGCUGCUGCUCAGCCCCAAAGGCGAGGGGGGGGGAGAUGCUGGAGGGGGCGGCCUAGGUAAGCCUACCUUUGUGAUGUGAUGUGGGGGGGGGGCGUGGCGCGGUGAGGGGGCCGGGGAACGUCUGAACGGCGCACUUUCUGGCACGCCCACGUGGAGUUUGUAGGCAUGGUCCUUGGUGGGGGGAAAUAGCGCUGCCGGUGGAUUUGUGGAGAGGUUUUUUUGGGGGGUGGGGAGUCAAGCGGCUCUGAAAAGGUGACUUCUAGUGGGGGGAGAAAUGAAGGGCAAAGGUGUGUGGGUUGCAGCUGACGGGAAGGACGCGGGAAUCCUCCGAGAAGAGUGGGGUCAAAUGCAGAGAGAGAGAGGGGCUUGCGUUGCUGUGCGCGUGGGCUCCGGAGGGACCCAUUGGGGCCUGAGCUUGCAAAAAAGGCAUUGGCAUAAGAUACACACCCUUAGGGAGAGGGGAGGUUGAAAUGUAUCCUUUGCUCUAAGGGAGGUCACCCCUCCAAUCUCUGUCUUUUUUGUCGCAUAGAACUGCUGCAUUCUUUUGGUGAACGUUCCCCUUCAGAGUCUCCCCUUCCCACCUUCCUCAAAGCAGUUUUGCAGGCAGUGUUACUUGUUUUGACUUAGUUAAUUGUGAGCUUGGAGUAAUGCCAGUUUGUAUGUGUCAGGUCUCUCUCUCUUUCGACCCCCCCCCCAACCUCUUGUUCUUUGCAGCAGCAGGGAUAAGAGGCUGGCUUGCAUAGAGGGGCUUGCAUUUAAGCACCACUUUAAAAAACAACAUCAGCUUUUCUCAGAACUUCUGAAUUGGAAUGGAAGUACUGUAAGAGGAAAAGAGUGACACUGCAGUUGCUUGUAGUUUACUGUUGAAGGGAAGUAGACUAGGUGGGAAUGUUACUAUUUACAUUAAAAAAUAAAAACAAAAUAAGGCAGCAAUAACAAUUUUUAGCAUGAAUGGCUAGGAUUUCAUGGAGAUACUAUCCAGAUAUUCACAAUAUAAUCCCAAUACCAGUUAGUUUCUCUCAUGGACUACCAAGUUUGGCUAAUUAUUCCGGAACACGUCAGUUUUCAGUCGGUAGUAUCUCUAACUCUUCUCUAUAAAAUCACUUUACUUACUGUGUAUGCUUUUACUGUGGUACGACUGCUCUCUAAACAUGCACAAAUAUCACAUGUUCAUUAGUAGAACAAGAAGCCUUUAAUCUGUCAGGUGAAAACUAAUUAACACUUUCCAUGUCAAAUUAGACUUCUAAUUUUAAAGGACAUAUUAAUCUGUGCUGCUCAUGGCUCUGUAGAUUACAUGUGGUUGCCUUCUCGUGUUUACUUAGAUUACUAUGCAGUGUAAUGUAAGUGCUAUUUAGUUUUGAUAGUAAAUCACAUUUGGCAGAUACAUUUGACAUUUGAAACUAUAGUGCUGAAACUUCUAUGCAGAAAAGUUCGUUGUGGGAUGUACUGCAUUCAGUGGUACAUAAUAACCCAAUGUUUUUCUUUCAUAAUUUAUUCAGAAAGCUAAGUUUUUGUUUCUAAUAGCAUUGACUUCUGCAGUCACCAAGUCAUAGAAAUUGAUUCAGGCUAUGUAGUUUGAGGGAAUCCAGGAAAUGGAAUCUGUGAUCACCACUUAUUGAGCAAGCCAAAUAAUUGAAACUCAUCCAGUAAGUGCUGGCUAUAUGCUUGCUUACUUUUUCGGCAUCUUCAAUAACAUGCUUUCAGGUGGUGAUUGUGAAAAUCAAAACUUAUUCUAAAAGAUGGCCAAGGGAUUGGGGAGCAGGACUGGCUGUUACUUACUUGUGUUUGAGAUUCAAUACAGUUAUCUUCAGUUCAUCUUAUGGAUCCAAAGCAAGCAGUUCUGUACUGAGAAAAAAAAGGGAGCUUCAGAUCCCCUUUGAAGUUUCUCUGUGAUAUAGUCAAUUUCCAAUCUCGCCAUCAUUUUUCUUAAUUUGUAAAAUAUGUAAAUUGUUAGCAUAGCACCUCUUGAUAAUGGAUGUUCUUAUUACAAUUACUUCAUGCUUCAUGCUCAGGUAACUUUCUGUUCAUGAAUUUCAUGGCUGAAUAAUGUUCCAUGGCCUAUUAAAUGUGUUCGUGGGACAGGGAUUAUUCGUUUGUUUUUGUUUUAUUAUGUAUUUUGUGUGCUCAUUUUGUAUUUUAUGUUGGGAACUACACUGUGAUCUUCAGAUGAAGGGCAGUUAUUUCCAGAUAAAUAAAUGUGGUGCUUUUUCAAGAAUUCUGAAAAUGAUGGAAGACCUAUGUGUAGGCAUGCUGUACCACAGUCUAUAGAUGGACGGAUACUCCAAUCGCGUAAUAUAUGAAGUCCUUCCCAUUCUAUUCAUAAUCAUUUGGUAAUAAAUCAAGCUCCUUCUACUAUAGUAAAUGGAAACAAAAAUUCCUGCGAGGUAGUUGUGCCUGCAGUGAGGAUGGGGUUUACUGGCAGAAAUAAAUGAGGCCAUCAGACAUGUCUAUCCUUUCCCUACUGAGUGAUGGUAUAGGUAGUAUCACAAGGUGAAGCAAGUGAGAACUUUAUGGCCUACCCUGCCUCUUCAUGGCUGAAUUAUCCAUUUCCACUAUGCUUGUGGCAACAUUUUUCUGUAGGUUGUUAUAGCCACUCCUUAGGACCUCUCUUUAGUUGUUCCCAUAUCUAGGUGAAAGAUGCCAAGGAAACAGCAAAGCUAUACAGUUGUACCUUGGGUUAAGUACUUAAUUCGUUCCGGAGGUCUGUUCUUAACCUGAAACUGUUCUUAAUCUGAAGCACCACUUUAGCUAAUGGGGCCUCUUGCUGCCGCCGUGCUGUCGGAGCCUGAUUUCUGUUCUUAUCCUGAAGCAAAGUUCUUAACCUGAAGCACUAUUUCUGGGUUAGCAGAGUGUGUAACCUGAAGUGUAUGUAACCUGAAGUGUAUGUAACCCAAGGUACCACUGUAGUUGUCAUAAAAAGUAUUUAAUUUUGUUUUAACAUUUUCACUCUUUGCAUGUUUUGCAAAUGUUUGCAAGAUAUACAGUGGUACCUUGGGUUACAAACGCUUCGGGUUACAAACUCCGCUAACCCGGAAGUAGUACCUUGGGUUGAGAACUUUGCCCCAAGAUGAGAACGGAAAUCGUGCGGUGGCAGCGGGAGGCCCCAUUAGCGAAAGCGCGUCUCAGGUUAAGGACAGUUUCGGGUUAAGAAUGGACCUCCAGAACAAAUUAAGUUCAUAACCCGAAGUACCAUUGUACUUUAUACUUCAUAGCUGAUGUACCGUUGACCUCAUUUUCCUUAAAUGCUAUUUACUUUCCUGUCCUUUUUUCUUACAAGUUCACAAGUUCCUGACUGUUUUCUACAUGCAUGUCUUUCUGAUGUUCUUAAUGAAUAGGUUGUUGGGUUCCUUCCAGCAUUGAAUGUGAUUUCAUUUGACAUGAUACUUCCUAAUUGGGGAAUGAUUUGUGGAUGAGGGUACUGACUAGAGACAGAGGCUACCUAUAGGCUGCUGAAUACACUCCUCAUUAUGACAACACUUAAUUUGCUUCCUCAAGCUUUGUCCUAAGCAGUGAAGUAGCAAUGACAAGUUCUGUAACAGCUUCUGCUAUAAUAUCAAAUUUCCCCUCUCACUUUUCAGUAGUACAGUAGUAUGGUAAAGGGACCCCUGACCAUUAGGUCCAGUCGCGGACAACUCUGGGGUUGUGGCUCUCAUCUCACUUUAUUGGCCGAGGGAGCUGGCGUCCAUGGCCAGCAUGACUAAGCCGCUUCUGGCAAACCAGAGCAGUGCACGGAAACACUGUUUACCUUCCUGCUGGAGCGGUACCUAUUUAUCUACUUGCAGUUGGUGCUUUCGAACUGCUAGGUUGGCAGGAGCAGGGACUGAGCAACGGGAGCUCACCCCGUCGCAGGGAUUUGAACUGCCAACCUUCUGAUCGGCAAGCCCUAGGUUCUGUGGUUUAACCCACAGCGCCACCCGUGUCCCACUACUUGUUCUUACUGCUCAUUUGGGUUUGAGGGUUAAUGAUACUGAAUAUAUACAGUACAGUGUUAAUCUGGGGCCAUGACAUUUGCAGCAUGAUGCUAAAGCUGAAAAGUGCGUUUUAAAAAGAUAAUUAUUGCAUAUUUCCCAUGUCCAUCUUCAAGAGGUCAGGGUAGUUGGACACUAUUAAAAAUCUGCCCAAAAUUUGUAGAAUAAAUACAAAAGCAAAAUCAAUCACUCUAAAAGCAAUAUCUUGUUAGGAAAAAAAGUAAGAACAAUUCAGCCCAGUUUCAAGGUUUCUCCACCCAGGCAAGUAAAAGCAGUUCUAAAAAUGGUAUAUACAUAUUUAAAGUCUUCAAAGAUAGAUUCUGGAAGCCUACCUUUGGUUCUAUCCACAUGGGGCUACCACUGUGUGUUGGAGAUCAGUGUUCUUCCUUUCUGACUUAACCUGGCUAGCAUAUGAUAAUUUGAUAAAACGUUCCAAUAAUUCCUUAUGAUACUUCAGAUUGCACAUGAGAAGAACCAUGCAAAGCAUGCAGGACUCAAGCCAUUUAGAGUUUUAAAGGGACAAUAGUCACCAGUUGCCUUGCAGAAUUCCAAAACACACUCAGGCUGUGAGCCUGAGUGACAGGCAAGCCCUUUUCAGUUUAACUAUUAUUUUGAAUUUGAAGGGGUGGCUAAGGUAGGCUAGAAAUAAAUGGAAUAAUAAGGGCAAAUAUGCCCUGAAGUUAAAUGCAAACCAGGGAGAAACAAUUUUCAAAGUCAAUAUCUCACAAAGUGUGCCCUCCAGUCAACCUUCAGCUACGUGCGCUGAAAUAGCUUAGUUUUUGCAUGGGUUUACCUUCUGAGAUAUGUAGUAUAAAUAAUUGUGCACACACAUUCUUAAUUAAAGAAUUGUGACCUUCCAUAUUCUUCCAGUGGGAACUUGACCCAAAUAAGUUAUGUAAGAGCUGAUUUGUCUUCCUCAAAUUUCAAAGUGUUACUGGGAGCCAAAUCUACCAAAAAUAGUAAGAUGAAGACUAGCUUAUUUGUGUUUAAUGGAAAUUUUACAGGAAUUUUAGGGGCUUGAUUACUAUGCUCAGUAGUAAACAGUGAUUCUUGGUAACCCUACUAGAUAAUGUGUGAAGCUGUGCCAUUCAUUUACAUGAGAACUUCAGGUUGUGUUCUGAAUUUUUACAUACAUAUUCUACCCCCCCCCCCCAUCCUAGAAUGGCAAAACCACCUGCUAUAUAUUAACGAAAAAUUCCCAUAGGGUACUUUGCUUCAGAACAUUUUCUGAUACAAAGCUAAAAACUUUGAAAUUGCCAGGCUUUGAAAUGGUAAUGUAUUUACAACUGAUUACCAAUUAACGUACGAAAUGUUUCUUUUUUCCUUUUGCAGGCAAAAAAUGGCUUAGAAAAUUUGGAAUAUUUUCCACCCAUCCCUAGUUAGUCAAUUAAGACUGCUUUCUGGAAACACAGAGAACAUACAUCCUAGUAUGUUUUCCAUGCUUAGUUGGCAUUACUUUGAGCAAGUGCUGCUCAAAUGCACUGAAAUUCUCUGGCUUUGUAAGACCUAAUGCAGCUUUUGUGUUUAAAGGGAAAGAAUUGCAAGUAAACCAAUUUAACACCAGGCGUAUAUCAAUGUGUGGACAUACUGAAUAAGGUUAAAAAAACACACCUGUCUGCUGAUGGUUCUGCAGUACCAUUAUUUCCAUUAUUCCUAUCCUACAUCACUGCCCCCUUUUCUGUCUCCUCACAAAUUUUGUUGCAGAAUUCUAGUGACCUAGAUCACACCUGCACCAUCCAUUUGAAAUGCUAUUAUACCACUUGAACAGUCAAGGACAAUAAUGGGAACUAUAGUUUGAGGGUGACCCCACAGAGCUGCAAUUCUCAGCGCUCCUAACAAACUAGCAUUCUGAGGAUUCUCCAUGACUGUUGAAGAGGUAUAAUAGUGCUUUAAAUGUAUGGUGUGGAUGUGACCUUGGAGUGGUGAAAUAAUUCCUGAGCUGAUACAAUUACUUUGGAGUUCAGAUUAUUUUCCAUAUAUGUGGAAUGUCUUAAUUUUGGCAACCCCUGAGAUCAUGGGGGGCGGGGGGAAGGGACCUGAAAAGGGGACCUUUCCCACUGUUGUCCUGCAUUCUGGAAUGUGCUUUUUCCUUUCCAUACCUGAAAUUUCAGUUGUUUUAGUGUUUUGGGGUUUUGUAUUGCUAUAUAGGACUUGGAGAUUUUAAAAAUUAUAUGUGGUUUAAACAAAUAAUAAAUUGUACUCAGUAUUUUAGCAAGUAGUGGUAGUUAGUGCUGUAUAGCUAGAGAGAGUCUUUAGUGAUUACAGUCUUGUGCAUAUUUGGCAAUAGAAGUAUAAACUGCAUUGUUGAACAGAUGUUAUAACACACCGUUGAGGAAACUCUCCUUUUUGUUUGUUUGUUAAAGGUGGCUUUCUAGAAGAUGACCAUAGAGGAUCUUCCUGACCCUUCCAUAGAAGGAGAUCCAUUGACUAAAAGAUACCAGUAUCUUAUUCCGGGUUCUGAAGAUUCAAUCACCUAUUCUGUUUCUGCAGCACCAAUGCCUUCUGAAUGUGGUAAGUAUAUUUAUAAAAAGGAAUAACUUGUAACAACUGUUUUCAGAAUGUUAAGUUGAGGAAGAUACAUGCAGAUGGAUUUCGGAAUGAUGCACUCAACUCGGAAAACAAAGUUCAUUUCGAAAUGGUCUCAUCUGUCUCCCGUAUCUAAAAUGUGUCAAAUCAGCAUCAAAUCAAUGUGCUAGAUGCUGUAGAAUACAAUCAAUUUUACAGUCUCCCCAAGCAAUCAAUUUAUUAUGCAAAUAAUGCAUAAACAAUGCAGAUUUCUUCUCCCAAAGUAACACACUUAUUCCAAAAUGACGUUUUCCCAGCACUCAGACAGCAAUAUUUUGGUGUGAGGCAUCUAUAUUAUUUGGAGUGCUGUGUGAAAUAUUUGUGGAAAUGUCACAGGAGCCUAUUGGCUAGCGUUCAUGACACUGUAUGUGUGAAGGCGUUGUGUGAUGUAGUGAAUAGAGAGACUGGGGAGAUGCCUGCUCAGAAAAAAGUGCAGUGGGGUGACUGCCUCAGCCAGAGCCCAUUCAUUAAGUUAAAAUUUGAGUAGGGGCACAUUGGAAACUGCAUAUGCCUCAACAUUUUACAGAUGGGGCACUUUUGUACAGUGGUACCUCGGGUUACAGAUGCUUCAGGUUACAGACUCUGCUAACCCAGAAAUAGUACCUUGGGUUAAGAACUUUGCUUCAGGAUGAGAACAGAAAUUGUGCUCCGGCGGCACGGCGGCAGUGGGAGGCCCCAUUAGCUAAAGUGGUGCUUCAGAUUAAGAACAGUUUCAGGUUAAGAACGGACCUCCGGAACAAAUUAAGUACUUAACCCGAGGUACCACUGUAUACUUAUUGGCUAGUCAUAGCCUGCAUUAAGGGUCUGUUUGUGUUUUUCAUGUGAGCGCACACGAAUUAAGAAUGCUUCAAGCUGGCCCUGUAUGUGUUCAUUUUAAUCCUUACCACAAAUACAGCUCUGUGAUAGCCUGAGGAAAAACAGAAGUUCACUGACCUUCAGUUUCCAUCACUUGGCCAAGUGAGGCAUCUAGUUUCCAUGCCUUCUAAAAAUAGCCCCAGCAGGCUUUAUUUCCCCCCGCCUUUCCCCUAUUUCCCAAGGUUUUGUUAGUAUUCUCUUAAUGGGGAGGACGCCAUUGGUGCCUUCUGUGUCAUCGUCCUAAUCAUAUUUUUCUCUUCACCUUCUGCAUCCUUGUCUAAUUACAUCAAAGUGAAAUGUCCACACAGGGCCUCAACCCUUUUCUUAUGCACACAUCCCUUCCCGCAAUGCAAGUUAUGUACAUGUUUGUGGGCCUGCGUGUCACAGGUUCAUGCCCAAACUUACUUUUCCUUUUCCUAGGUGCUGCAGGAGACACAAUAUCAUCAUUUGGGCCAGCCCCAUUUCAAUCAGGGUUGAUGAUGCAGGGUUAUUUGAAUUACCCAUGAGCACAACAGCUAUCUUUGCAGUAUGCUGCUAAAUUUUAAUCCCUUCUUAAACCCACCACUUGGGAAGAAUGUGUUCAGUCCCCACUGGGAAUGCUUGUUUGCUGCCUGGAUUUCUUUAGAAUUAAAUCUCUCCUGUAGCGACAGAAACUAUGACCGGUAACAUUGCUUUAGUAAUGAACUCUCCUUCAUGUUAGGCUAGGUAGCCUCCUAGGACAUGCUACUUCCUUACCAAGCUUUUGUGGGCUAUGAUUGCUGUGUAUGACAGCAGCAACUGCAUUAUGAUCCAUACCUCAGCAAUUAUGGUAUGACUUUUACAGGUGGCUCCAAUUCACAAGGCUGUGUGGGAAAACAAUCUGUAUAAUAUGGACCACUCUGGUGUAAAGAAAGCUGCUCUCAGGCACCGAUGUUUACUUUAAAACUUCUUGCAAAGAUCUCUGACUGUGCGUGGUAUUAAAUUUUUGGAUUUGGAAGAAAUAGUAAUUCUUGGAAUCCAUUGCUAGUGCAGUCCUAAACAUUCUUGCACAGAUAUGAGCUUGAGUGCCCACAGGCUGUGCUUCAGUCACAUUGAAAUUCAGCAUACAUUGUCUCUACUUAGCUAGAGACUUUAUUAUAGAGUUGCCUUAUUUUGUUUUGUCAGUUCCUGAAUAUGUUUCAGUGAACUGACAGACCAGGCUGACAAGAUGGCGAACCACCUUGACAAUUCAUCACACAAAGAUCUUGUUUAGUGAUUUCACCCUGUUCUUCAAAAUCUUAAUUGAUGGCUGUAUAGCAAGAACUGUGGGGAAGCCAGAGCACUAACAUGCGCAGACUAAUAUUUCAUGCAUGGCCAAAUUCAUCCAUCAAGAACUUGCAAGCCAAAAGUUAUCAUGGCUUGGUUAAGGAUUGUACCCACCUGAAAUAAAUAGCAUGCUGCCAGGUAGAUUUUCACUUUGAAAAGUACAAGCGUUAAUCAGCGGUGACAAAGUGACGUGUUAGAACAAGUGAUCCAGCUCUUAAUUACUGUAGAAAUCUCAAGUAGUGACUAAAAAACAAAACAAAACAAAAACCUUUCUCCAAAUUAUAUACAUUGUGCUUGCUUGACAGUUGAAUAGCCUGUUUGCUUUCAAGUGAAUGUUUGUAAUGCUCCCUCUUUUCUGUGUUGUGCAAUCACUCCACAAUUCUAAGAACUCUCCAGUGCAAGGCUCUCUGUGAGAGGCAGUUCGACUCUAGCUCAUCCUGAAGGAGAUGUCUUACUCAUGAGCACAUUAACGGUAGAAUGCCUUUAGUCAGGGUAGUAAGAGAAACUAUAUAAAAGGGCUUGUCAGUCAGCUCAGUAUUUAUUUCAGUGAUCCUCUGCAGUGUGCAGGGCUUUCCCAGUAGGCACAGCAGUAUAUCUCAAUGUUGUUUCAAUUCAGCAUAUGUUCCUUGAAUGUCAAUUUUUUAAAACAUCAAUUUCUCCCCACAAGCCCGCUUGAUCUUCAGCAUAUGAACCUUCUUUCGUUUGCUGGCAAAUACACUGAUUGGCACACUAUUAAUGCAUUUUUAAAGCUAAUUCUCCUUCAAGUUCUUGUGGGAAUAAAUGCCUUAGUCCUGAAAAGAAAGUUGUGCAUCCUGAGUUUAUCCUGAUUUGCUUGCACAGUGGUUGUAUGUUGCCUUCUUAAUCAUUCAUCCCAUACUUUUCAGUGAAUUUCCCUGUCAUCUCCCUACCUGUGGAGAGUCCUAGUUUUUUUUUUAUAAAGUAUAUUUGUUGUACCAGGGUGACAGAGUGCUUUGAUACACUUUCAUUGUGCAAAUCUUAAUUUCCAGUAUGUGCCUGAAUGCGUCCCACAAAAUACUGCCAGUUUGGAGACAACCUCUUCCUUCACAAGUAGCAUGGAAAUGCAGUGGGCCAGCAGAGAGCCGAUCCUUCUUGCACCAGUCUGCUUAGUGGAAGGCUUUCCACCCUCUCAGCCUGUAUUUCCAUUCUGCCCAUUGAGAACGAGACUCCCCCCCUCCCCUUGUGGGAAUCAUGGAAGUGCAAGCUACUAAUAGAGACAUGUUAAAAAAUGAAAGAGAAGCAGGCUAGUACCGUAUUUUUCCGUGUAUAAGACGAUCCUUUUUGCUAAAAAAAAAAAGGCAAAAAUUGGGUGUCAUCUUAUACACAGAUAGUGAAUGCAGAGGGGGGACAUGUGAUUAAUGGCAGCAGCAAGCAGGAGAUUGGCAGUGGCAAUUGGGCAGGCGAUUGGCGGCUGCGGCAAGUGGGCGGAUGGGCUGUUGGUGGCGACGAGCAAGUAGACAAUUGACUGCAGCGAGGUGUGCAAUCAGCAGUGACUGUGGCAAGCAGGUGGGUGAGCGAUUGGCGGAAGUGACCUCCCCCACCCCCUAAAAAAGCUAAACAAUUUAAUUUCUUAAUUUUGGGUUAAAAAAAUUAGGGGUCGUCUUAUACAUGGGAGCGUGUUAUAGACAGAAAAAUAUGAUACGGUAAUUUUCACAGACUUAUUUACAAGGCUGUGAUAUAUGUGAGUUUUCACCUGCCAAAGACAGAAUUGGGCAAACCAGAGCUUGAAUCAUCGUGGUCAACCUGCCACUGCUCCACACAAAUCCUCAUCUGCUUGCCUGCCCAUAUCAACCAGGGACAUGUGCUCUUUUCUGUAACGCAGAUGCAUAUACCCCACGUUGCUCAUCAUUCCUUGUCUUGUCACUGCUUGGUCUGUUCUCAUGCUUGCAAAGAGAUUUUAAUAUAAGCCAGCAGCUGCUGUUUUCUCCUCUAUUAUUGCUCAUGCCCCUCUUUUCUAUUUCUUCUUCCCUAAGCUGACCACAUUUGGGAAACUGCAUAUUAUAUACUCGGGUCGUUCUUUCUCUUCUUGUAUCCUCAGCACCUUACCAAUGUAUGAAGCUCUGCUUCAUGUUGGGAAGAAGGCAAUUGUCAAAGCUAAUCUGUUUUAAUUAGAAAAACCUUCCUUGCGUGGCCAAGGAUAAGGGUGGUUAGCUCUCAAACUUUACCUGUUAAUAGCCUUCCUGAUGACUGACCUAACUGUGCAGUCACUAAAAAUGUUUAAUUGUGCCAUAAAUAAAACCAAUUCCAACUGUACAGCUCUCUUAGUGCCAAUAAAUUGAUCUGUUUAUCCACUCCAACGUUGCAUACAUCAAUAGGUUUUUAUUUAAACCACAUCCUUAAAUUUUCUUAACUGACAAACAGAUGCAGUUAACUAAGAAGUAAGGAACUGCUACUACUUAUUCCUUAUGCAAACUCUGUAAAUUCUCAAUAGCUAGCAAAAUGUUGAUUAAUUAGGCUAAGCUAGGUUUCUGAUGAGUGGCUUCAUUUCUGAUGCUAAUUAUUCUGGGUUAUAUAAGUUAACUUUGUGUGUUAGAUUUCCCCCGUAACCCCCCCUCCCGCUCUGCUGCUGUAGCCCAGUAUUCCAGAAUGAUUGCUGAAUUAAACUUCACAUUUUGCAGGGAGACACACAACUCUUACGAGGAUCAAACUACUUGUUACAUGCAAUUUCAUAUAUAUAUUUUCCUGAAAAGAUUCAAAACAAAACAAAACAGCUGCUUGAGACUAAAGCCCAGAGCAAAAAAAUUGGGAGCAGUGCUUAACACUUUCACUGCAAAAUAUAUUUCAUCUUAGAACUGCCUACCCCAAACCGUUUCACUUUUCUUCCUAGAUAGGAGGAACUACUUUGAGGGCUAUUUUUAGAGGAAAUAAUGUCCACAAGAGACAUCAUCAUUGCCUCAAACAGUUACUUUUUCAUUAAGCAAAAAUUUGUUCAAGGGAAUGUUACACAGAACUCAGCCCAACGGUAGUUUGGUCCAGAGUUUAUUCUUCCUGUGAAGUAAUUUCUUUUUUUCUGAACUAUGCUGUGUAGAACAAUUAUGUGUUGAUAUGUGAGGCUUCUAUUUUGUGGAUAUUAUUUAUAUUUUGUCUAUUCAAUAAUAAAGCUACAGUGUUUGCCAUCAAGUCAGAGAAUUUGUUACUAUUUGUUUGUAUGUAUAUCAUGUUCACAAAUUUGUUGGGCAUUUCUUACUGCAAAGUACUUUAGAAACUCAACCUACUUUUUCUUAUUCCCAUAGAGUUCUCCUUUUUUGAUCCUAAUGAUGCGGCAUGUCAGGAGAUUCUGUUCAACCCCAAGACAUCUGUGUCUGAACUAUUUGCUAUCUUAAGACAAUGGGUCCCCCAAGUUCAACAGAACAUUGAUGUUAUUGGGAGCGAGGUGAGAAAUAUAUGGUGAUUUAUAACGAAAGGUAUUUUUUGUGUCUGUGCCUUGACUUCUUUGUGGAACUAACUAACUCACUCUGCUUUUAUUUGAGAGCUAAUGUUAUCAAAAUAGCAUCACCUCUGAGGUGCUUUGGCCUUAGAAAUUCAGCUGUUAAAAUAAAAACUUGAAUUCUUGGUAUUAUAUUAAAAGGGAGUGAGCACCACAAAAGUGAUUUUAUCUUGUAUUUUUAUGCUGUGAACUGUCCUGAGAUCUACAGAUGAACUUUAUGCUGUGAACUGUCCCGAGAUCUACAGAGAUCUACAGAUUUCAUAAAAAAUAAAAUAAAAAGUGUAUUGGGUGUUAGCAUAUAUUCCUAGGCUUUCAUAAGCCUAGCAGAUAACAAAAUUCCCUGCUGAAACCUGGAGAGCUACUGCUAUUCAGUAUAGACAAUGCUGAACUUGAUGGACCCAAGAGUCUGGCAUUGUGUAAAGCAGCUUUCUGUUCCCAAGAUAGUGCUAACAGAAGCAUAACGCGAAUGCAUUAAAGGAGAAUAUUUUGUUAAUGUUGAUGUUGUGAACCACCCUGUGAUCUUUGGAUGAAGGGCAGUAUAGAAAUGUAAUAAAUGAUAAUAAUGACAACAACAUGACAAUAAGCCAUUAACUAUCCCUUUGUUGCUGUGAAAUGUAUAACCAAAUUGGUCUGAUAAUGUACUGAGAUGAAAUUUGUUGGCAGGUAUUGCCGUGAGACUGAGAUCUUUUUAGGUUAAAUAGCUGCAUCAUAUAUGGUUCUGUUCUAUCGUUUCUGCAGAUCAUUAAGAGAGGCUGCAAUGUGAAUGACAGAGAUGGAUUGACUGACAUGACUCUCUUGCAUUACACAUGCAAAUCAGGGGCUCAUGGUAUUGGUGAGUGAAUCAACUUGAGACCUUCACUGCCAGCCGUCUUUCUAGCAGAAGGAGAGGUUUUUCUACCUUUUCCACUGGCUGUGCUGCCACUGUGCUUAGAUUGACGGGUUGAGGAGGGCUGUAUCCUUGAGGCUAUCCAUGUACCCGGUGGGAAUAUUCUUUAGCUAUAUUAAAACUGCUAAGCUGCUUCUUGAUCACAGAAGAGUUCUCAAAGAUGCAUAAGAAGUACAAUCUCAUGAACAUGUCAAGUAAUGGUUAAGCAAUAACCUUUUAGCAGCUGAGAAAAGCAUGUACUGAAUCGGCAGAAAGUCCAAGCAAACAGCCUUUUGAAAACAGCAAUGAACAAUGCUGUUGAAGGCUUGCCAUAAAAGGGAUGGUUUUCAUUAGUUAAUGAAAGAUUAUUAAGGAAAUGUGCCUGAUUCCUCUUUCCAUUCCUAAGUCUCUAGAGAUUAUUGAGUAUCUGCAUAAUCACCCAAUCUUCCAUAAAAGUGGAGCCUGGAAGCUAUAUGGUCACGUCUCUUUGAUUGUACUCAGUAGUGUGCUUGUUUGUGGUUUCUUCUUGCCAAGUCUUCUAAAGAUAGCAGACUCUAAGAUGAAAGCAUCAGAUUUUCACUUCCAGGGUUGUUGUUUUUUGCCUGUUCUAUGUCUCUAUAAUUUUUGUGACCUUCUACAUAGCACUUUUUGAUACACAUUUUCCCCUACCAACACCGUGCAGGUGAUUAAACGCAAUGCAGGUGAUAUCAUUUGAAUUGGAAUUUGAUUCUUUAUCUUGAAACAUGAUUAAUAAAACUAUUGGAAGGACGCAGUGUGGACACAUGCUUUCUAAAAUCACCUGACAUUCAAAAACGAAUGCUUUAAAUUCUAACCCGGUCUCUGUUGGCUUUGUGUAUGUGUGUCUAUACAUGCUUUAGAGCUGCGACUCAUGAUCCACUUGAGGUAGAGCAUUUGCUUUAAACCUGUCUUACUCAUAUUCAAGCCAACAAGCAUAUCUCCCUUGGCACAAGUGUUCUGGUUUGAUGUGCUUUGGCAUUGUGCCGCUGAGUAAAUGACCCACUCUGCCUGGGGUGGUUGUGCAUUAGCCCUGUGCCAUCAUACCCAGUGCAGGGUGGGGAAUAUGAUUCAUUGUGAGUCAGCUCAUGUCCCAUCAUUCCUGUUUUAAGAUACAAAGGAUAUUUCAGCCCCUUCUCUUACUUCUACAAACCAAGACUUAAUUAAGCCUUAAAUCAAAGCAUUUUGAGCUGCCUGACGUGUCAUAAAAAUCCUACAGAGAAGCCACUUCUAUGUAGAACUGAAUGCAAAAGCCACAUAUAGGCUUUCCCCAUGCAAGUGCACAUAGGAAGUCCUGUAAAGCUUACUUUCACUUUAUUUUCCUAACUGUGUUCAAAGGCAAUAACUGCCUGACUAGUCCUUAAAUCUGUCUUGUCAAGGAACAUCUUGCUUCGAAUGCCUUGGCUUCAUAACUGUUGCUGUAAAGUUGCCAACAAUCUUUGGACAUGAUGUCCAAUUAUCUAACAUACUGAUACAGCCUGUUAAAUAACCACAAAACCAGUUAUAAAGUGCCGUUUUUAAAAAUCUGCUUUGCAGGGGAUGUUGAGACUGCCGCCAAAUUUGCCUCCCAACUUAUUGACUUGGGUGCAGAUAUCAAUUUGAGGAGCCGUUGGACAAACAUGAAUGCUUUGCACUAUGCUGCCUACUUUGAUGUUCCAGAACUCAUUAGCGUCAUUUUGAAAAAUGCAAAGUCAAAAGGUAAAUAUUGCCAAAUGUAAUAGCAAUAGAUGCUGUAUUUCUUACCUGUGUUGAUACCUUCAGUGUCACAAAACGGCUUUCCCCCAUGUUAUUUUUCUUGACACUAUGAAACUGACUGAAAAAUGGAGAGUGAUUUGCAUCUUAAGGCAUCUGUUGUGAGAACAUGGUCCAACAGUCCAAAAUGGCAUUGCAGGUCCAGUUUGUCUCUUCCCCAUCUGUGCUAUGCAGUGAAUCUUAGCUGUGUCUUGAUGCAGCUCUGUCUUUUCUGACUUUGGUUCAUCAUCAUUGACUGUUACAUCAUUGGUUGUGGGUAGGGGCAUGGAGAACUUUACAUGUCCACAGUUUGUCCUUUACAGUGUCCAGAUAGUCAGAUGCAUAUUUACCAUCCAUGUCCAUCUGAAUAUGCUGACAUUGUUAAAAAGCACAUUUCUGCCAUUCAAAGCUGCAUAUUUUGAACCUUACAAAGGUAAUGCAUCUUAUGACAAAGUAUGGAAAGCAACGUCAGAAGUGAACGUAUAUGAUGUGCAAACUUUUCUCUAAUCUAAAUUUUUGUAUCUUUGUUUGGAAUUCUUCUUUCACUUCGUCAUUUUUUGUAACUCAGUGGUAACAUUCCAUGUCAAUUGCAUUCCACGUUUUAAUAUUUUGUUGUAAGCCGACUGGAGUGGCUGGGGCAACCCAGUCAGAUUGUUGGAUGCUAUUGUUAAUCUUUUAUUUGGCCAAGUAAUAAAUAUAUGAGAGCUGAAGCCUUUAUAAAUUUCUACUGGGAUGGGUGGGAAAAUGCACAUGUUUUGAGUUGGUUCUCUGAGAAUGCUGAUUAAGUAAUGGAACAGUGAAAAAACAAAGGCAAACUUGUUUCAGUCACUGUUUCCUGACUUUUUGAUCCCUCUUAUUGGAGAAGUAGUGUUGGAAAAUCUAGCAAAUUCAUUCUGGAGAAUGUAGGAAAAGUUGUAGCACUUUUCAUCUUGCCCUUUGGAGCAGAAUCAGAGAGAAUUUGAGGCUGUAACUAAAUACUGUCACUAAAAAGGAUGUUGCUUAUAAUGGUGUUCCUUGUUGAGUUGUUUUUUCUUUCCCUGAUAAUGCAUCACUUACCCAUUUUGUGACCCCCCCCCCAAUUGUGUGCAUUUCCUUGUUCACAUUCCAUAUUGUUACCAGCUGCUGGCCUGAAAAUAGAGUGUAAUGCAGAGAGGAGAAGGAAACACCUGACAUUUCUCCCCCCCCCCAAAAAAGCAUCCUUGUAUUGCAUGCGAUGUUUAGUUCUUGCUUGAAUGUAAAUGAACACAUUUCUUCACUGGUACUGUUCAUAUAACUGUGCUGCUGACAAGCAACUCUAUUUGAGUCAGGAGAGGCCGUGCAGGUUGUGGAUCAGAGUCUGGAUGCAGUGGAGGGAUGAAUGAAGGCCAAUAUGCUGGUGCUGAAUUGUAACAAGAUGGAGGCUUGGUGGUUCCUUUGACUGGGAAAUGGAGAGAGAGCAUGUUUUUUAUGGUGUUGUAUUCCCCCUUAAGCAGUGUCUUUGUAGUCUGUGCGUACUCUUUGAACCAUUUGUAGCGAUGGAGCAACUCCUCUAUGAAAAAAGGCUGCAGCAGUUAGCGCUUUUUAAUUUAGAGAAAAGGCGCAUAAGAGAUGACGUGCUAGAAGUUUAUAAAAUGAUGUAUGGUGGGGAAAGAGCCCCUCCACCCAAUAACACUAGAAAUCAUGGAUAUCCCAUGAAGGCGAGUGUUGGAAGAUUCUGAAGAACGUCCUUCACGCAGCGGAUUGUUAAAUCAUGGAACUCUCUCCCACAUGAGGCAGUGAUGGCCAUCAACCUAACUGGCUUUAAAAGCGGAUUAGAGAAAUUUGUGGAGGAGGGGGUUAUUGAUGGCGACUAACCAUGAUGGCAAAGGACGCGAUUGGCGCUGUGGGUUAAACCACAGAGCCUAGGACUUGCCGAUCAGAAGGUUGGCGGUUCGAAUCCCUGCGACGGGGUGAGCUCCUGUUGCUCGGUCCCUGCUCCUGCCAACCUAUCAGUUUGAAAGCACGUCAGAGUGCAAGUAGAUAAAUAGGUACUGUUCCAGCGGGAAGGUAAACGGCGUUUCCGUGCGCUGCUCUGGUUUCGCCAGAAGUGGCUUAGUCAUGCUGGCCACAUGACCCGGAAGCUGUACGCCGGCUCCCUCGGCCAAUAAAGCGAGAUGAGCACCGCAACCCCAAAGUCGGCCACGACUGGACCUAAUGGUCAGGGGUCCCUUUACCUUUACCUAACCAUGAUGGCUAUGCUCUGCCUCCACAGAUUGGCAAUGUAUCUGAACGCCAGUGGCUAGAAAGCACAGGACGAUAUUUAGUGUUCUUGGGCUUGUAUCCUGCUUACUGGUUUCCCACAGGCAUCUGGUUGGCCACUGUGAGAACAGGAUGCUGGACUAGAUGGGCCAUUGUCCUGAUCCAACAGGCUCUUCUCACAUUCUUGUGACCAUUUUGACAGGACAGAAUCCUUUCUUCCCUGUUCCUUACCCUCGUUUUGAUUUCAGCGUGGCAGGUGAAAGGCAUGUUUCUGUUUCAAAACAAGUUCCCAGAGAGAUUUCUCCACCCACGCUGAUCCUGAUCCAGGGAUGGCAGCUGUUUGCCUGCUUAUCUGCAGGGUGCAGUGAUUUAUGUAGUUAGCUUCUCAUGGCACAUUUCACCAGUUUUGUGGGCAGGGGUGUGAUGAGGACUCGAGAGGCUUUCUGUCCCUCCCUCAAUGGACGAUCAGAAAUUCUUUCCCCCUCUGGAAACAGAUGAGCUGGACAGUGAGAGGCUGAUAGCAUGAGUCAACCAUGAGAUGGCAUUCACAUAAUUCGGGAAUACUGCACAUGAAACUUGACUGCUGGACAUUCUAACCUUGUUGCUAGGAUCUUUUUUUCCUUUCCCCUGAAACAUCUUUAUGCAUACAGAGAUAAUCAGGGUGAUUGCCAAAAAGAUGGACAAACAGCUUCUGUUCAGAUUGGCAGUCAAAUGUUAUAUGAUACUCCUAGCCAUUAGGAUCUGCAGCAACAUGUUCUGUUCUCUUUGGUGCUAGGCAAACUUGUCUGCAGCUUGUUGGAUAUUACACGCCCGUUGUAAUCUACUUCAGGAAAGUGAAGGGCUUACAUAACCCUGAAAGGGAACUGUCAGGGAACUGCCAUCAGUGCCGGAGGGAGAGAGCAAAAUCCAGAGGGAUUCCAGAGAGCGUCCCGGGAUUGGGAGAGGCAGCCCAUCUUCUGGGGAAGAGACUCAGCGUAGCACCAGUGGAGAAGGGGGGCAGAUGGGGGAAGCGGCGAGGCGGUCCCAUGACUCCUUGCCGGGGACCAGCGGGGAGAGUAGGGGUCCUCCGCUGCCUACGCCCUCCUUGCGCAGAAGGCUUUCGCGCAGAGAGAGUAGGAGGAGACUAGGCGUCAAAGAGCUUCUUUGCUGGAAGAAGUUUAAGAAACGCCCACUGACGGAUUCUGCCAGCGAUUGAGACAGCCACGGGUGAGUGGCUGUCCGGACAGAAAAGGUUCAUUCAGGCAACCCAGCCAGGUGUUUGCACCGGCUUACGCACGAGCAACCCCUAGAACCAUUACAGGAACUUUACUUGGUUGACUCCCAGAAGACUGAAACUCUCAGUUAAGGAAACUGAGAUCAGGACAGUGUUGCAACAGCUGAUUUGAUUUGGCUCAUGACAUGUAUUCCAAAAUUUUCAGGGGUUUGAUCUACAAAUGGAAUGCAGUUUGUGGAGCAACAUCUCUCUCUGCUAAUUAAUCCAUUGGAGUGCAGUUGUCAAGUUGCGUUGCUGCUUACAGGCAGGGAUUUGCAGCUGUUAUCUACAUGGAAUCAUCAUAUUUGAUAAAUCUUCAUGGGGGACUGUGGAUGCCUUAUUUUGUUUAUUAAUUUACUUGUGUGUCAAGGUGACUUGCAAACAUUUAACAAAAACAGCGGAAAGACAGUUUUUAAAAAUGUAACAGAAAAUAACUGGUAAUAAAUAGGUGUUUAUUUUCUAUUGUUUUUAAAUCCUAAGACAGAAACCUUCUCAUCCAGCUGGAAAAGCUUGUUAAAAUGAAAUGUCUUCAAUUGUGUCCGGGAAGUACAAAUAGUGGUCGCUUGUCAUAUCUCAACAGGCACCUUGAUUUUUUUUUUUUUAAUUUGCUUUCAUAAUUGCAUCCAAUUUGGAAUGCAAGUUGUAGAUGUGGGAAUUGACAUUUGGAUAUGUAAAUCCUUGGUUUGUUUCACCAGAUGUCCAAGGGCUCUGUUCUUUCAAUGUAGGCUAACAUUUCCCUAUAUAGAAGCAUCUGGAAGCUGGCCAGUACUGGAAGCAAAACAAACCGCUCGCCCUCACUGGAAAAUUGGUACCUCAGUAUGUGGUAAAACAAUUCAUCAGUUUCUGCCCAGACGUCUGCACACUCCUAUCCUAUUUUGUAGCACACUUUCAAGUUCAGCUGAACUGUCCUUAAGAAAGAAAGGGUCUGGGUUGGUUUAUACUUUUCUCUAAUCAAAAAAUGCUGUUUUGAUUUUCAAAGCACUUAAUUUAAAUAUUGUCAAGUGUGUCUUUUUAUAAAAUUUGGUUAUUUGUGUUGGUACAGGUAUGCAUUCACUUGUGCAUUAAACCAUUGAGAUAGUUGAAGCACGUGAUAUAGCUGGGAAGGGCCAAACUAGAUGUAACUCUAAUUGUGUACAGGCAUACAUAUGUGUAAAUAGCAGCUGUAGCAGAGCCUGAAUAGCAUUGAGGUAACAUGGGUGGGGAGGAAGAGUUUAACCCUUUCCCUACCAUAGUCCCAAUGAAAAUCCCUUUCCUCAAAGCUGCUUCUGCACUUUCCUCCUAACGCAAAUAGCCACUUGGGUUUUUUACCCUUCUUGGAACCAAGGUAGGGGAGAAAGGGUUAAACUCUCCCCACCCCCCACAAGCACCCUGCAGCCCUGAUGCUGCUUUAAGUCCCUGUGGCUGCUAUUUUGUAUUUUAAAGCACAUGCCAAUUGCCUUCAUGCAUCAAAUUGUUGCAUCAAAUUUGGCUAUAAGCACUGCUACUCUGGGACUGGUUAGUGCCUAAAUGGGAGAAUAAAUGAAUCCUAUGUGUACUCCUUGACUUCUAACACAGAAGAAACAUGGGAUAUAAAUUAUGCAGUUACUACUACUAUAGCAUUGACUGUAUCAUAAAUUUAAAAUAUAACAUUAAUACUAAUAAUUGUAUUUAUCAUUGGAAUUCAGAUUUUGAAUGAAAACAAAACAUGGUACCAAUCUAGAAUGUUCAAAAUGGACAAAUGUUUCUCAAUCCUCAUAUCUAUCUGGUUCUUAAUUAUAGAUGUGGAUGCCACCUGCAGUGACUUUGAUUUUGGAACAGCCUUGCAUAUUGCUGCCUUCAACUUGUGUACAGGAGCUGUAAAGAGUUUAUUGGAACAUGGAGCCAACCCGGCCUUUAGGGUGAGGUUUUGAUUUGCAACCAAUUUUGGUUCAUCUGUCUAUAUUUAACUCCCUCUUACAGGGAGAUUGUCAAAAUGUGUUUUUCUCUAGUUAGAUAUUGACAAAUGAAAACUGCUUUUUAUUUUUUUGCAUGGGGGGGGGACAAAUACUCUUAUCUCUCACUCCAUUUUAGGCUUGAACAUAUAGUAGUCUUCAGGAAGAAUUCAGAUUCCUAGAUGCCAGCAUUGACUUUUUCUGAGCUGCAUGACCAAUUGCCUUGUAUUUUUAAGUUUCCUGUGCUUUAGACAUUUAGCUAGAAAACAAUUUAACUCCUGACCACGGGUUAUUUAAUACCCAAUUAUCAAUGUCACAGCUCUGUUUUUGAAUCCUGUUCAUCCUGUAUCUCAUUAUCAUAAUCAAACUUGUUCAUAUUCUGCUUUUCCAGUUAAUGCUCCAAGUAGCUUAUAUUGUAAGCUGCCCCUGUGAUUCCCAGAUAAAGGGUGGUAUAGAAAUUUAAUAAAUAAUAAUUAUUAUAUGUCAGAAAAACAGUUAAUCAAUAUAUAGACACAUCAAAGCUAGUAAUAAAUAUAUCAAACGCAUUACAUAAAUUUUGGUUGAUAUCUGGCAUUGAAUUAUGCAAGUGGAAGAAAUGGGAAUUCCUCUCCCCGCACCUGGGCGCUCCCCCAUGUGCUCUGCAAAUCUCUUCUGGAGGGUUGCCCAAACAUCUGCAGCAGAUUUGGAAGCUGCAGAGGAGAAAGAAAGGAGAAAUCCUUUGCAAGUGGAAGUCCGUUCUUCUGCGAACAGACACAACUGGAUGUUACCCGCAGUAUUUUAUACCUAUAUUAGGUAUAAAAUACCUAAUAAAAUAAGAAAAUGUUCACAUUAACAUUCCCUUAAGCACCUAAAUCCACUCCCUUACUACUACGUGUUUUGUUCUACAGAAUGACAAGGGACAGACUCCAGCAGAUGUGGUUCCUGACCCGGUGGACAUGCCACUAGAGAUGGCAGAUGCAGCAGCCAGUGCUAAAGAAAUUAAGCAGAUGCUCUUAGAUGCAGUGCCUCUGUCUUGUGACAUUUCCAAGGCCCUGCUUCCAAACUAUGAUAAUGUCACUGGCAAAGAUAUGCUUGGAUCCCUUGGCCUGAAGCUUGGAGAUCGGGUUGUCAUUGCAGGACAGAAGGUAUGUCGAAAAACAAGCUGCAGAAGGGAAGCAGUACGAUGGGUAUGAGGAAGGGCCUACUGUAGAUAGCAGUACUGGCAUGGUAUGUAUCUAUAGGGGGAAGCUUCCUAAGCUUUUCACCCUUGCAAAAAGGUUCAGUAGCAAAGGGUUCUGCAGGUUUUAACUCGGGCCUUAUUCAGCUUGUCGGGUAUAUUGUCCUGAUUAUAUCUUGGCCCACAGUUAUUGCUCUUCACAGUUGCUUCUGUUGUAAUUCAGCCAUAUAUAUAUAUAUAUAUAUAUAUAUAUAUAUAUAUAUAUAUAUAUAUGGGUUAUACAUAUAUAUAACACAUUUGCUUCAGUGCCAGUAAGAUUCACAGUAAUUCUGUGCAAGUGGGAUUUUUAGAUGAUGACAAACCCUGCUUCUGCUCUGAAAUGUAAUAACGUAUAAAGUCAUUUCCACAGCUGUGUAAGCAAACAGGAAAUGAAAGCUGUACAUAAAGCUUUGUUUCCACUGUGAAUCUUCACCACACAUGAUGCAGGAGGAAGAAUCAACACUGGUUAGUGAAGUCUACAUUUGAUUCUGGAAAAGUUUCUCAGCCAUUUGCUGUAAUGAGCCAGUGGAGAUUAGUUUUUAAAGGGCAUUCAUAACUCUGCAUCCCGUGGAUAGGUCAGCAGAUCACACCCACAUAUAAAAGUCAUAAGCCUUGCCUACACCAGGGAGAUGCAGCUGUUCUGUGUCCUAAAACCAAUCAACAGAACACUCUGUCGGAGUGACUUACUGGGGCUUUCAAAAAGUUGUUUUCCCACAUUGUUGCUCAUGUAAAACUGAAGAACUCUUUGCAUUUCAAGAAUUUUACAGACUAUAUGGAUCUACCCUUGCUAGCAGAAACUUCCUGAAAUUCAGUUAAAUGAGUAAUACUGGAAUAUGGGAAUCUGCAAGUUACAAGUGCAAUUGGUUUAUUACCUUUUAAUAUAAAAAAUGGAGUGGAAUGUCCUGUGUGAUUUUGCUCUUGAGGCACUUGUGAUUUGUUGCAAAAUACCUGUGUCGUAUAACUGCUCCGGUUCAUAUUUCCAACAAAUGAAUAAAAGACAGAUUAAUUCUUAGCCUCUCAAUAAGUUAACUACUUUCAGAGUAGCACAGUUAGUUUUUCUUGGAGGAAAAUAAAUCUUUAGCUUUUUACUAAUUAAGAGUGUUACAUUUCUGAUCAUUUGUAAGUGGGUUUUUUAUAGUUGAUGCAAUUUUUGUAAAAUAACUAAUAAAUGUUCAGAAAUCUCUGGUUUGUGUAUUACAUUCUUUACAAGUAUGCUUAAUUUAGCAGGAAGUUUGAAUGAGCGAGGACUACAUUUGGGAAGCUGGGUAUCUCUACAUCUUAGACUCUGGAUGUUAAAACAUUGUAAGCAUCCAUCUCUACAUAGAAUCAGAGUUCAAGGGGUCUUAAAGGCCAUUUGGUCUGUGACCUGCUCAGUAUAGGUGUAUCCCCAAUAAAUUGCUGCCUAGCCUGUGCUUGAAGUCCUCCUGUGACAGAGAGUCCACCAUCCUCUUGAUAACUGGUUCCACUGUUGAGCUGUUCUUACAAAUGUUAAACCAAAAACCUACCCUCCUGUGAUGCAAGCCCGUUGGAAUAGCAGCAGACAAGUCUUUGCUGUGUUCAAAUAUCUGAAGGGUUGUCUCUUAGAAGAGUGCUUGUGUUAGGGUGGGACAGAUCCAUGACAUAAAAAAUACUGCACUUGAACUCUUCCCCUCCCCCAGAUACCUGUAUUCAGUCUUCACACUGCUGCUCCUUUUUUCUUUUGAAAAUAACCCAUUACAAAGGUUGAUGCAUAGUUUUUUACUCCCUCCCCUCUUAGGUUGGCACAUUAAGAUUUUGUGGCACAACAGAGUUUGCCAGUGGACAGUGGGCUGGCAUAGAAUUGGAUGAACCUGAAGGAAAAAACAAUGGAAGUGUUGGCAAAGUACAGUACUUCAAGUGUGCACCAAAACAUGGUAUAACUUUUUUUUUAUUUGAGAUGCAUUGCCUUGCAGAUGCUUUAAUGGAAUGCCUUUUUACUUGGCCACAUAUAUAUCAUGUUAAGCAAUUUCCCCCACUUGCUGGAUGUUUCUCUGAUUGGAAAUUGGACUUUUGGGCUUAAAAUAAAAUGCAUGGUUCCUGUCAACAAUUUUCAACAACAAUAGUUUUGCUAAGUUGUUAGUUAUCAGUAGUGUCCCCUUCUUUGCUUGCCAUACAGAUAGUAAUUUAGAUGGAUGUUUGCUGUGGAUGUUACUAGUGAUAAUGUAAGCAGUAUACUCUAUCCCUCUGAUAGCUGUGAUAGCCCUAUUUCUUAAGAAAGAUAAUUGAAGGCUAUAGUUAGGAAAGAUGGCAGCGAUGGCAAAAUGGCUAGGACACAAGUCGUGAGGCCAGUUCUCAUCUUAGUCGCAAGCUUGUUUGUGCAAAAGCUUAAGUAUUCAUUUUAGUGUGCUUCAACUCCUAUCCAUAAGAGGAAAGUAGAAUACUUGAAGCAGCAUUUAAGACUGCCUACAAAAGUGUCAGGUACUUGGCCGUUAUUUAAAUACUUGAACAGUCAUAAAUACUUGAAUAAGGUUAUCAAGGAGUAGCUGAGCUCUGCAAUUAAUAUCUUAUAUUUCUCUUGUGUGUCUUCUCUGCCAGGCAUCUUUGCACCUCUCUCUAAAAUAAGUAAAGCUUCAGAACACAAAAAGAAUGCAAAGGUUUCUUCCUCGCGACCUUCUCCCGCUGUCAAGUCCAAGAAAAUUGAUGUAACGCACAUAACGUCCAAAGUGAAUUCAGGUAAGCAUGGUAGCAUCAAAGCCAAAAAACAUGUUAGGAAGAUGACCUAUUUUUCAGUCCAAAAUCACAACCCAUUGUUUGCAGGCAAGUGCUGUGUUGUGUCAGAGGUUAAGUAAUUAAAAAUUGUAUAAUAUUUGGUAGGUUUAGGUCAGAUCAGGGAUAAACUUGCUUUCCCAAGAUGGUUUUUAACCUCUUUUCCACAUGUUAUUGUUUUGAGUGUAUGUAUUGUGGUACUUGUUUUACUUUUCGAAACCACCUUGAAAUUUAGUUACACUUACCUUUGUUAAACCUGCGAACCCGUUGAUGUACCUGGGCUCCUUUGUUGAGGGAAGAGUCAGCCCUAGCCCCCCACCUGCUGGAGCAAACAGGCCUUGCAGAUGAGGAGGAGAUGCAGCUGCGCUGGCCUCUGUGGAUUUGAGAAGGCAGGAAUUGUGACUCCUCCCCUGAAGGCAGCAUCUUUUGUUGUGGUUAGCUCUUGGUUGUGAGCUGCAAAAUCCUUUAUAGAUCAUGUCCUCAUAGAACAUAGACAGCUGCCUUAUACCAAGUCAAGUGUUUGGACAUGUGGCUUAGUGCUGUCUGCACUAUCAGUGGCCUUCCAUUGUUCCAGGUAGGAGUCUUGGAGUUGCUAUGGACUCAGUUGGUGUGCAUUGCAUGUGCUUCACUCACUGAGCUAGGAUCCCAUCCUUCUCAUAUGUUUCUGUACACCCUCUUCUGUUUUGAUAUUCUGUUAGUGGUGCAGAUUUUAAAAGAUUAUUUUUUUUAACAUUUAAAUUGUGGAUUCCUCAACCUCUCACCACCUGUUCAACACUGUCCUUUAAAAUUUCCAUAAAACCUGGGGACUUCCGGGUUGGCGCCAUCGCCGAAUGGCGGACUCCCUCCGAGCUCCGGAGGGAGUCUGCUCGGCAGGGGCUGGGUCCUACCGCGCCGGCGACGCGGGGACCCUUAAAAACCACGGGCACGGAGUCCGUGGACAUGGGUGACUCGGCUUGCACCAUUAGCGCCCUCCCGACUCGUGAAGGAGCCUUUUAAAGGCUUCGGAUCGGGUGCCGGGGAGCGGCGUGGUGCUUGAGUCCUCUGCUUUCCUGCCGAGCGCAGCCGCAUGCCAUUCGACGGAGAGCGCUGACUUCUUCCAUUGAAAAUUUGGACUAUUAACAACAACCCGUGAGUAAUUGGGAAACCGGGUUUAAAAUUUCGGAUUUGGCACGAGCGGGGGCGAUUUAAAAAGGAAGUCAAUCCCCCUACUGUAAGCAUUCCAAAACAAGGACUGGGUAACCAAGGUCCAAAGGGAAGUAUAUUCUUGAUAAAAACCAUUAAUUUCACGAUGGGAAAUUAUAAGAACUGUGCUGGAGGAGAAGAGUGGAGGGUGAGAAGAAAAAUGCAACCCCCUGGGAACCGGGCGAUUCGUGGAGCCUGGUGAAGAGAGACGGAGACUUUGACAGCUGUCAAAGUGGCUGUCAAAGUUGGAGAAUAUAAAGAGGACUUUGUUAUGAGGACUUUGCCGGUUAAUUUUGCUACAAUUUGCUACAAUAUGGAUAUAAACUGUUGGAAAAUAAGCAACAAUUUGACUUUUGGAUUAGAGGAUACAAAGUUAUUACAAUCCCCCUAGAGGGGUUUCGGGAUAUUACAAGAACGGUCGUAAGUGGAAAAAUACUCUGGGAUUCGCACAGGACUUGUUAUCUUUUGGGAAAGCUGCAAAACUGAAAUAGUAUUUUGUCUACAGAGGUAUUUACAUUAAAGGAGACAAUAGAAUUUUCUAUUGAAGAAAGGAAGGGACUGGACGUAAGUUUUGUUCCUGAAUAACAAACCUCUGCAGAGAUACCAGAUUUCUGAAUUAGAAAGUUUUAGCAGCUGAACAGGACAAGAAACCUGAGAAAGUGAGGAAAAGAAGAACAAAGGACUGAUUACGACACGGAAAGAACAACGGGAGGAGUGGUAAAGAUCAAGGAAAUUAAAGGCCUUUGUUAGAUUGGACACUUGAAGUUACAUAGUAUUAAUAAAUUAAAAGAAAACCGGCAAGAUGGUAUCGGGGAGUGAUUUGGUCAUGAAUUGUGACGGCCAAGCGGAUACUGCAUAGUCUGAUGGAUAUGGGAAUUCAAACCGGGAAGGGGGAGAUUUGAAAUCCAAAGGCUGUGUAACCAUCUUUUGAAUUUUUCUAUAUCUUUUAUUUUUAUUUUUUACAUAACUUACGCAUGUCAUUUUAUUUUGAUUGGACGUGUUUAAAAAAGGGAAUUCGUGGAAGGAACUGGGGUGGAUCUUGGGAAAAUCUUUUUCUUUUCUUGUUAAUGAUGUGGGACGGUGGUAAGAUUUGCACAAUUCAAUUUGGAUAGUGGGUUAAACAAAUUAAGCUUUAAAUUGGGAGUGAGAGCUUGUAGAACUAAAUUAAGGAAAGGGGAAUACAGUCGGGGGGGGGGGGGAGUCCCAGAAAGUAGAUAAUGAAAGUAAGGUUUUUAAAUAUCUUUUUUUUCUUUUUCUUUUUUUUCUUUGUAUUUUUAUAUUUUUGGAAACUUUAAUAAAUAUGAUUUAAAAAAAUAAAAAAUAAAAUUUCCAUAAAACCUGUCCCCUCUUAUAAAGACUUUGGCUCUAGGACUCUAAUAGUUAAGCCUGUCCGUUCCUCAGGAGGUGGGGGUUUUGUAGUUAUUUUGCUUGAUGGGGAAACUGUUCCCCACCUAACCUUGACUCAGUGGAGCCACUGGUGAGAGAGACUGUUCUAAUAGAUGUGGCAACUAAGCAUAGCUUUUAAAAAUACUGUUUUUUCCUGUUGAUACUCUUUUUAAAAGGAAUGACAUGGUUUGGGGCAUUGGGUUAAAUUUUAAAAUUCAAAUUCUCUGAGUAAUGGCUGUUUUGUCAGAUUUUCUCCCAGAAAAGUAUUCAUAAAUUGAUAUGUAAACAUGUUUGUUCUUGCUCGUCAUGCUGGUCUUAUUGAGGCUGGUCUGAUAAACAUCUAAUAAUAGAGUACAUUUAUGAAUUAGUACAAAAAGCAGCUCAGCAGCCAGAUGAAGCCAAUAGAUAUGCAUUUAGUUGAUAAAUAAUAAAUUUCUGCCCUUUAUGUUUUCUGCCAGAAAAAUCAGCUGCAGACUUGUUCUCUGAUAUUAGUAGCAUGUCUAUCAAUGUGGAAUAGAAAACCCAUGGAACAUUACUAAGGCUGAUUACUAUUUUCCAUGCAUAGAUUAUGAGGGAUGCUACUGUUCUGACAUAGGCUAUUCUCUUAGGAAAACAACUGAUUCUAUUGUAAAAUACUUCUAUAGGUAAAUGUAUUCAAAAGUGCUUCAAAAGUUGUUGGUGCUAGUACAAAUAAAUUUGGGGGCAUAACUUUAUGUGAUAUUGGAAAUCUGUGAUUAGAAUACCUUUGUGAUUGAAUAAAGUAGUCAUGCUGUUUUGGGGUAUUUUCACAUCCUUUGGUCUCAUGAGUCUGGCAUGUCAGCUUUUCAGCCAGGGCUGUUGUCCAUGCUCUGGAGGUACCUUGCUUCCAUGUUCAAGCCCAAGGCGGUGUGCCCUCGCAUGACUAUUUCCAUACAUGCUGAUGUCAGGAGGAAUGUUAAAAGUUCUUUAGGAGCAAUUGGUGGAGUAGACAGGUGCUUUAUUCCAAGUAAAGCAAGUUGAGGACCGGGUUGUAGGUCUGUUUUGUAUAUUAAACUGAAUACUUUAAAUUCCAAAACCCAAAAUGGGUAAAGAGAUUCGCAAUACCACCACAUAUGUAUGUAAUAUCCAGUCUCCCCACAUGCUUUCCAAUAGGUUGAUGUUGCUCCUGGUAUCAUGUGGGAUAUUUGCACAUGCAUAGCAUUUUAAAGAAGUUCUGUAACCCUAUUAAUGGGUGAUAAAAAAACUAUAUAAAAAAAAUAGCAAUUAAGUCCUUUUUUCAAUCCUGUGCUGAAAAGGGGCAAGAAAUAAGAAAGACACCUUAGUUCUGAAUAUUCUUGUUUGUUCAGAUUGUUAUUGUUUAAAUCAGGGCUGCUGAGCCCACAGUCCACAUCUGGCCCACAAAAUAGUUUCUAGUAGCCUAAUAGCCCACUGCAAAAAAUAGGCACGACUUCUUUCCAUAGAAAAGUGCCUCUUCUCCCUCUGGUGCAGUGCCAUUUGAGUCAAUGUCUUCUGAGUUUCCGUCAGAGGUUUUCUCAAAGUCUGAUGCCUGAGAUCACUUAACUUGGAAUCAACUUGGGAAUCCUCUCAUCCAUUCAAGGCAUAAGUUGCACUACUGAACUUUUCAGUAUUUUGUCUUCUUGUGGGGAAAAUAAGACUUGGUAUUCUUACUCAUAGGUGUUUUACUCAUAGGUGUAAAAGGAUGAGGGAAAUCUCUUGAUACGACUCACAAAUUUUGUAGUAGUAGUUGGAUUUUUAGGUGAUCUUGUUCUGCUGCCUGUUUGCUGUUUGGAAGGUAGAAGAAUUAUUACUAGACUACGAUGGUUUCAUUGAUUUGGUUUGGCUCACAGGCUUAUCUGCACUGAAAAAAGACAGCACCCCAGAUUCCACAUUUUUGGGCAGCAAAGAAGGAAUGAAAACUCCACCUGGUAAAGAAGGUAUGCGUUCUUUAGAUAUUUUUGGCUUCUGUACUUGGCGUGACUUAAGAGAAAUCCCAUAACAGUCUCUCCCAAAGAGAACCGUAGAACUAUGCCACUUAAAACUAUUUUGUUCCUGUAUUCUGGCUCCAUAAAGCCCUGUGAUCACUUCACUAAGGUCUUAUCCACACUUACCUUUCCUCCACUCUUUCUAGGCAUGGCCUGUAAUUUAAACUUCCAUGUCCGAGUGCCCCAUCCCUCUGAAGCUUUAACGGAAUAAACCCCAAAAUCAGCGCAAACGUCAAUCUGCACAAAACCCCGAAUUGACAUUUGCUCUGAUCCAGCUUUGGAGAGUGAGUUUUCACAGAGAAAGCUCUGGCAGGGGUGGGGAGCCUGCUCUGCCUGGAAAGAGUGGGGCAAAAAGUAAAUGUGGAUCAACCCUAACAAGGAGGAAUGUGGUGCAUGUAUGGGGUGUAGGGAAUGGAAUUGAGCAGAACUAGGUGGAAAAGCUCAACUCCUUUGAUGCUUAGUCCCUCUCUGCUGGCCACCCUUCCAGGUCACAUCUCUAGAUGCUGCAUCCCACAGACCGCAUUGCCACUUGAAUCAGUUGCAUUCCUUAACAUGAGAGUCUCAUUGUUAUUGGCCAGAAGGGGAUUUUUAUAAUGAAGAUGUGCAAUCCUUCUUUGCAAGUUGCACUGCUUAUGGCAAUCUUGAUAGGCCUUGCAAAAUUCAAGGGCUUUCCCCCCCAUAUGAUAGCCAUGGACACGCUAAGGUCACACAUUGUAAGAUGCUGUAGCAAUUUAGGAGCUCUUUGUGAUGUCAUCCCGCAAUGAUACAGGUCCACGCUAAAGCUUAGUACAUGCAGCUGCCCGCCCAAACUCACAGUUUCCAAUACAGGUAAAAGGCUGCAAUCCAACCUCCUCCCCUCUGCUGCUGUGGCUUUGCAGAGCAAUAGCUCCACUGUCGCACCUGCAUCCCUGCAGCAUGUGAUGGGUGGAGUCAAAGAUGUUGGGGGCUACGCCAUCCUGGAGCUGGUGCAGUGAUCGGAUCUGAUGCCUUCAUGUGAUAAGCAGUGAGACAGGCUUGGGGUCAGACUCAGACCAGGCUGGAUCAGUCCUUCUGUGUGACUGCAGCAGCCCAUUUCAGGGGCCUUCCAAUGGCUGUGACCUGCUAGCAUCCCACCAGCAGCACUCCCACUUGCAGGUUUGGUGGGUGGAGGGGAAGGGCAGCACUGAUGGAGUGAUGCUUGUGCUGGCUGGUGGGAGGCCAGCUUAGAUGGGAGAUCUGAGCAGAGCGAUAUCUUCGCCCAAUCCAGCCCUCUCCCUCGCCUGCCAGCCUGGCACAAGGGGGAUUUGGACUGCUCUGUUGCCAAGAUAUCCAGUUUCAUGGUUGAGAUACACCAAGGGUCAAGAUCUUAACUUAGAAUAGGGCAGGAGAGGAAGCCAUACGAAGAGAAAAGCUAGAGAUAAAUCUCUUUAGGCAGCUUGAACAUCAAGAUUUCACAAAUUGAAAUGAAAGUGAUUUACCUCCCAAUCUUAUUUUAUAGACUGGAUUUUAAUAUUAAUACGGUGCAUAAUAGCAUGCAGUAGGCACUAAUCCACGCACUUCAUAAUUCACCCGCAAAAUGUCACACUCCCUGUUUCUCAUCAAAGAUUUAAUAGAUUGGCUAUCAAAAGCAAAAGGCUGGUGUCUUUUAUUACUUGAGGCGGCAUUAUUUUUACAAUUAUGCUCCCUGCUUACAAGUAUUACACAAUAUUAAAGUGGGUUUGAAAGAUUGUUAAGUGGUGUCCAUCAUGAAAAGUUAGCUUUAUGCAGAUGGUUUCUUUUCUUCUCUUACUUGGGGGAAUGACAUCUUUGACAUCUCCUGUCUUGUAUGCAUCUUUUUCUUUAUUUUGUGUGUCUGAAUAAUUCUUUGGUUUCUUCUUCCUUUUUUUUAAGAAAAUGCAACUUCCCUUGGAUCCAACAGCUCUUCCUCUUCCACUACAUCUUUAGACAGCAAGCAGAAUUGCUCAAAGAAGUGGAAUACCGCAAGGAAAAAUAAGAAGGAAGACUUGAAAAGCCAUUCUGCUGCAACGAAAGGUAUGCUUUCUCCACAGUUGCUUUUUAAAUAGUUAUGUGAAGACAGUGGUGGCACUAAGAGGUCCAUUUCCUUUAAGUGUAAAUCUGGGCUUUUCUUUCUGCAGCUAUUAAGAUAAAAACAAGUCAUUUGCAGACUUCUAGAUGAGUUUUUUGUAGUUGGAGUAUGGGUGGGAUUACAAGGCUGAAUUAACCAUUUUGGCAAGUGCCACCUUGUGGACAGCAUGAACAGGUCCUGUUGUGGCCAGAUCUUCCUAAUGUGGAAACUGCCUCUCCUGUUCAUGCAUCAUCACAUGGUGGUAGGAGAGGCCGUGUUCCUACCUGUAUGUGUUUUCAUAGCUCUAGGAUACUCAGAUACUUGCCACUCAUAAAACUACUAUGAUGUGACUUUCUAUAGUACUUAUUUGAGUAGGCUAACACGUUUCAUACAGUUCUUAAGGUGUGUGUAUAGACAUGCCUAAAAAUGAGAAGUGAAGCUGCUGUGGAAGUGGACCUGAAGUGUUUAGGUCAGAUAUAGACCUCUCUCCAGCAUUCAGCUUAGGGGAAGCCACCUCUACCACUUGUCAGAAGAAACCAGCUGUAUACAGCACUGAUUGGCUAGCAUUUGUGUCAGUAAGAACUGCCCCUCACAACUAUCCCUGGAAUACUUUUUCAACUUUUAGAAACACUGGCUUGAUUUUCUAUAAUAGAAAGUGCUGAAUGAACUUUUCAAUACCCAUAUAUGUGGCAUUUUAAACAGUUAGUUAGAAAGGUAGACAGCCCAGCUCAACCACUGAGUGUGAGUGAAAAAUGCACACUUGAGAGUAAGCCCCAUUUAAUUCAGUGGGACUUAUUUCUAAGUAAACAUGCAUAUGUUUGGCUGUCUAUUAAUUAAAAAUCCAAAGCAAGUGCAUCUGUCAUUUGCAGUGGGAAGCUGAACUCACCCUGCAGGAGAAAAAAAAUGCAUCAUCUUCUUGAUUUGAAGUAAUGUCUAUACUUGGCCGUGAGUACUCCAUGUAGCUUUCUAAAUUAUUAUUCAGUCUUCCCCUGUAUUAUACUAAAAUUAAUUUAGAAACUCCCUUUUUCCAAGAUGCUAGCCUUUUGUGGCUUCAUGAAUUAACCCCACAAGUGAAAGAAGGAAAUAAAUUUCCCAUUGCAAAUGGGAGCAGAGAUCUGAUUCCCAUAGCCUGCUACAAUUUUGCUCCUAGUUCUUAGUUUCUAAAACUUUUUGGGUAUGCCCAUCUUGAUUCCAUAUAAUUUGUGUAUUUUAACUUAGCCUGGAGACCGCAUAGGCAUAUUUGAUUAGCUCUCUGGACUUGCUGCUGAGAUCUUCUUUAGUUUUAUUUGAGGCACCGACUAUAUUGGUUCAAUAUACGAAUAAAUAUUAAUGGUCCUUUUCUCUUACGUUAUUCAAAUAUCUUCUCCAUUUCCUUAAAUCUGGUUGAACAGGAAGAAACAACACUUUUCCAUCUUCAAGAAGAAAUCCUUUUGAUGAAGGGGAGAUUCAGAUUGGAGACAGGGUACUGGUGGUAGGACAGAGAACUGGAAUAGUUAGAUUUUAUGGGACAACUAAGUUUGCACCAGGUAAGCUUUCUGCGUGAACAUUUAGGGCAGAACUAGGAUUGCCUAGUGUAUUUUAGAUCUGUGACUGAAGCUAAGACUUUUGUCAGAGAAAAUAAAGCAUUUAAUUUGUUUCCUGGGCUUCAUUUUUCAGAAGAAUUUACAUUAUAGCUUCCAGUAAGAAACAAUGUAAAAUGUUAGUUAAAUACUAUAAAAUACCAAUUCAAAACAAAUAAAGUGAACAAUCCAUGUAAAAUAAAAUCUUAAAGCAGAUUCUUGUAAACAGAGAUGGCAGAGAUGAAGUUGGAAUUUGAACCUGGAACCAUCUGCAUGCAAAGCAUUGCUGAGCUAUGUGUCCUUUCAAAAGCAGUUGUGUUGGCAUCAUAAAAAUAUCAGCCAGCAUAAAACCAAAGAUUUCAUUUUUUGCUGAAGAAGUCUGACCUCUAAUAACUACAUACACAAAUUCAAUGGCAUUUGUUCAGCCCACUCAGUCAAGUGUAUAGUGCUUGCAGAUAAAUAAUCUGAGUAAUUUCCAAACUGUACUUUAGUAUGCAAGGAGCAGGAAGCAUAAGUGAUCUGCACUUCCUGUUUUGGAUAUUUCCAAGCUGAACUACCAGUCAACAGAUGGUGCAAAGCUCAUUAACUAUUGUAUGCGACUCUAAAAACGGAACACAUUUUACUUGUCCACAGGGCAUUUAGGGACUAUUAAACUUCGCCUCUGCACGCUGCUCUGCACACACACAUACCCCAGUUAUCACCCUGAACUUGCUUGGAUUCGGGGGGCGGGGGGCGGGCGGUGGCAUUUAUAGUUUAUUCAGAACUGAAAACAAUUAUCCAAAUAGCACCACUAUUUGACACUGGGACUAUAGGUAUAGUGCUUAUUUUGGUGUGUGAGACUUAACUUUACUACGUAUGGUGCUUAUUCUGUUAAAAUAAAUGGUAUGGGUGGCUGGGGAGGGAGGAAUCUAUCUCAGAAAACCUCUGAUGUGUGUUUUGACCUCAGGGAAAGCUUGCUCUUUUGCAGAAAAACUCCUCCCUGUAGCAUCUUACUUCAGAUGACAGCUUUCAGUAGUGAGCCAAGGCAUAUUUAGUUGCAUAAGUGUUGCUGCUGAUAAACUGGCAGAGAAUCUGUCGCUAUUUCUUUUGAAGGCAGGAAGAAAACAACUCUUCCCCAGCCGAGCCUUUUAAAUGCAUGAUGGAGUUCUGGCUGCUUCAGCUUGUAAUUAGCAUUGCCCUUAAAAACUGCACCCUAAGCGCCAAAUGACUUGAAUUUUAAUGUUGAGUCUUAAUGGAGUUGGAUAGCAUGAGAAAUAGGGCAUUAUGGAACUUUCUUCAGAAUUAGCAAAUGCAACACAGACUGUAGUGUUUAAAUGAAAGUGUUGCUGUCUGAUGACUUUCUCGGUGCCCUGUGAGGAAAUAACUUUUCAAGAAAGCUCCAUAAAACAAUUUAUUUGCUUCUUACAGUGCACACUAGAAGGUUCUUAUAUGUUGGAAGACAAGUGAAUGAAAGCAGCAGCAGUUCAAAGUAUUGCUUGCACACUUUUGGAUCAGGACGAAGAAGGCAGCCUUGACCGUGUACAUUUAGAGGCCCACAGUUCUGAAAGCUUUAUUGCACGGUCUUACUUGGAUGCACGGCGCUGUGGGUUAAACCACAGAGCCUAGGACUUGCCAAUCAGAAGGUCGGUGGUUCAGAUCCCCACCAAGGGGUGAGCUCCUGUUGCUCGGUCCCUACUCCUGCCAACCUAGCAGUUCGAAAGCAUGUCAAAGUGCAAGUAGAUAAAUAGGUACGGCUCUGGCAGGAAGGUAAAUGGCGUUUCCGUGUGCUGCUCUGGUUCGCCAGAAGCGGCUUAGUCAUUCUGGCCACAUGACCGGAAGCUGUUUGCGGACAAACACCGGCUCCCUCGGCCAAUAAAGUGAGAUGAGCGCCGCAACCCCAGAGUCAUCUGAGACUGGACUUAACUGUCAGGGGUCCCUUUACCUUACUUGGAUGCACAACACUUUAGAAGCCUCUCCUCCCCCGCUUUCCUUGCCUUUCUAAAAUCUUUAUACAGAGGAAUGAGAUUAAGUGCUACUUCAAAAGUUGAAGCAACAUUUGGAGAGAAUGCUUAUUCAUCUUGAUAGCUUCUUCAAGCUGAUCUAUUUAAGAGGCGUUCUUUUUUCUCUGCUCUCCAUUCCUACUCCUUUUUUUUGCUAAUUGUAGAUUUAAAUUUGCCAAGAGCAGAAUGCUUCUGUGGCAUACAGGUAGAUAGCUGUAGUGAGCAACAGCAAAACUGAAAAGAGUGCAUCUUUGCCCUACCCGUGACUCUCUUAAAACAUCUGGUUUUGCAGGGGUUUGGUGUGGAAUAGAACUGGACAAACCUCAUGGCAAGAAUGACGGUUCAGUUGCAGGCAUGCAGUACUUCAGCUGCCUCCCCAGAUAUGGUGUCUUUGCACCACCAUCGAGAGUGCAGAGGUAAGUGCAGAGUUCAUGACAUCAGGACAAAAUGGGUUUGGCUUCACAGUUUGACCCAGACUACGUCCGUCCAUUUGGAGGGAAACCCAGAGGAGUCCCAGCACAGGUCUGCUACCAAAAUAUAGAUCAUCUCUGUUCUUUGACUAGAUUAGUUGAGGGGAGCAAUCUGUCUUUGGAAGGCAAAACAACAUAUAUGCAAAGGAGAUUAGAUGAGAGCACACAGGCCAGAGGAAAUAGGAAGUUGAAUUACAGCAGGUGGUGUGUGGGGAGUGUCCUGGAGAUUGUGAAGUGGAAAGAAAAUGAGCUGGAAGCUGAUGGGGAGAAGCAUAGAAGAGUGGCACGAUCGUAGCAGAAGAAAUGGAAGGAGACUUUGGCAGUGCGUUCUAAAUUUCCAGAGCAGGGAAUGGAACAAAGGGAGAAAUGACACUAAAUAAGCAUUGGACUGUUCUUUUUCUUCUUCUUCGCCGCCUUGAGAGAGAGAAGUGUUAAACAUAUUAUUUCAUUUGCAGGCUAGUGGGAUCGCUAGACUCCCUCACAGAUGUUUCAUCAAGUAAAAUGAAUCAUUCUCUCCCCGGUAAGAAUUUGACAAGUACCUGAUUUCAUUGCUUCAUAUUACCUGUGCAAAUUGCAGCAACUGUAGCUACUUGGGGAUGGUGGGAGUGAGAGUGAAAUGGGAAGGCCUCAAGGCAGGAGCUUUUUCCAUUUCUCUCUUCCCUCCCAUUUCGCCUUGUUUUUCUUUAAAGUCUGUAACCCCUCCUUUUUGAAACAAACACAAAAUGAUAUUUUAAAAGGCAUUUUAUUAUUAUUUUCAAUAUUCCUGCUCGGUUCUCAGAACUUCGUAGUGUGAUUGCAAGGGGUUGGACUAGGGGGUCCUUAGGAUCCUUUCCAACGCCAAAAUUCUAUUAUCUUUCUCAGCGAAAUAUGGGCAUAACCUUGCCUACCUGUUGUGUGGUUUUACUGCUGUGUUAAGUUGCCUUUGUUUGUGGACUUGUUUCCUAAGACCCAGGCUCUGGGGCUGACUUGGCAAGAUUUUGAGCUAGUCAUUCUAGACACAGCUCAGCAAUGCUGUGCAGUGUCCAUUACUUUCAGUGGGACAGAUUACAGCUGAAUGGAGCCUGAGAAAACAGCACUGUAAAAAAGGAACUGAAUAAAUUGAGGAGAGGUGAGGAGGAGAGGUUGAGGAGAGGCGAAAGACUUUGAUUUUUGUGUACUCUAUGGAUAUUGAGGGGAAAUAGGCUUAGAUAUUUAUAUACUGGUAUGUAUGCCACUUAAUAGACUGACUUGAAGUUUGUUUUUCUUAUCAUGUUCAGGUUUCCGACGAAGUUUUAGCACAACCUCUGCGUCUUCCCAAAAGGAAUUAAACAGGAGAAACUCCUUUGUCAAGUGAGUGGCUCUUAGAAAAGGGAAUGCAUGUGUUGUCUGCUAUGAUUAGAUGAAUUCAGCACUCUUUUUGUCUCUGGAGGCAUGCAUCUUAGUGACUAACAGUGCAAUCCUAUGCAUGUUUAGCCAGAAGUAUGUCUACUGUGUUCACCGGAGAUUACUCCCUUCCCAGUGUCUUUAGGGUCGUAGCCCACAGAGUCAUUUUGAUAUUGUUGAAUAACUCCCAACACUAAUCCUGAAUGGUUAUAGGAAGUCUCAAUGGCAGUGAUGCUUUUUUGCUUGCCUGCAAGUCUUGUUCCUGCACAGUGAUGGCUGUCAGGAAAAGCUGGCUGUACAUUUUAGAAUUAAUAACUGAAAUCAGAAUGGUAAAGAAAUAGGCCUGCGCCAGGAUCUCACUUCUGAGAAUUAUCGUGCACAUUCCUUGCCAGCUCAAUAGCUAGGCCAAAACGCUCCAGCUGAUACACACACACCAAUUUCCCCACUACCUUUUAACAGGAGCUGGCUUAGGGCCAAACUAGACAGGACAUCAAAUGUGUUUUUGCAUUUAACAUACAUGCUUUUAAAAAUGAAAAUGGUAGGUGAGUUGGGUUAAUAAUUAUUGGGAUCACAGCAGGCAAAGAGGAGACUCUUAACCCUUUCUUCCCAUGCUGCACCCCUGCCAAAAAUAGCUCUUUUGGAGCUGCUAUUUGCAUUGGUAGGAAAACUUCACCAUCUUAUCGUUUUGAAAAGCUCGUUGACCUUGUGGUACAAGGAUACACAGGCUUUUCUCUUGGGUUGAUGAUGAGCGUGUUGCGUGGCCUUUAGCUGAAGGCAUGUUUUACUGCCAUUGCCAAAUCAGAAGCAAUCUGGUCCAUAUCGGGAGGCCCUGAAGUCUUUAUCUUAGUAAGUCAGUGGCAGAUUUCCUCUGUGUGCAUAUGUAAUCUUAGUAUCUUGUGCAUUUAACAAAUGGUCCACCUGUUGCCUCCUUUUAUCUGCCCAGGUCAAAAAAUGCUUCCCUGCGACGCAGCUGGAGCAGCACCACUACGGCCAGCGCUGAGGGGCCCGUCAAGCUUCACGAAGGCUCCCAGGUCCUCCUGAGCAGCUCCAGUGAGAUGGGCAUCAUUCGCUACAUUGGGCCCACAGACUUUGCUCCAGGCAUCUGGCUUGGCCUGGAACUCCGAAGUGCCAAAGGCAAGAAUGAUGGCUCUGUGGGUGACAAGCGGUACUUUACUUGCAAGCCAAAUUAUGGAGUCUUGGUGCGGCCAAGCCGAGUCACUUACCGAGGGAUCAACGGUGCAAAACUUGUGGAUGAUAUCUGCUGAAAGCAAACUCCUCUAGCUCUUGAGAUGAGGGCAUAAGAAAUAAAGCACACAAGACAAUCCUGCCAUCGCCUGCAUGAAGUUCUGCCUUACCCAAAGUCCUAAAACUGCAUUUGUAUAACACUUGCACAGCUCUAGCCAGAUUGGAGUUGCAUUAUGACUCUUGAGGAAUGAAAUCUUAAUAGCUUCCCCUACAGAAUGGUCCUCACCCGAAAGCUGCUUACAUACUAAAAAAACAACUUGGGGUUGAGCAGUCCUGUUAUUUGAAUAAUCUGUUUUUUACCUGGCUCCAUGUUGACAUGCUUUGCUGCUUUACAAAUGAUGUUUCCAUCCCACAUUCUAAUGAAGCUGUAAAGUGACUUGAGAUCGCAGAGCUUGUUAAACAAGCAGCAGGAUUUGUCAACCUGCUAAACAGUCUUCACUUUCUUUGGAAAAAAAAUAGCAAUAAAGAGGGAGGGAAGUGACAGUAUUUAGGGGGAAAAUGUUGUGAGACAGGUAGCUUAUUAUCCAGACAGAUCCUCCAAGCACAAAGCAACCAGUUGAAAAGAGAGAAAAAAUGUGCUCCUUCCAUGCUACAUACAGAAGCAUCCUGAAUAGAAGAAAGGGAAAAAAGAAUAAAGCAGCACAAAUAUAUUCAGGUAAAUAGUAAAAGCACUUUUUGUUACAGUAUAUAGAGAUAUACUGUAUAAUGGACAUGCGUGUGUAUUUUAAAGGCAGCAGCAUGCCAGAAGCACUUUCCAAAAAUGCCAUUGGAACAAGUAUUAAUGCACUUUUAUUUCUCCUCUCUGAAGAGUUUCCCCACUCAAGUUCUGGAGAAAUUAUUUUGUUAGUCAAGACUGAAGCCUGUAACACUGCAACGUUUUGCAUGCAUCAAAUGCCCUUCAGCAAAGCUCUCCAGCCAGCAAUCAGAUUGGCCAACGGGUCAUUUUAAGGUGAGGUAGCAGUAUUGGGUUUAAGAUAAUGUGUGCAUGGAUUUACACCACCUCCUCCUCUAGGAAACGUGCUCACUCAUGGGCAGGUGAUGAGGGAGCCUUUCUUCCUUCUGAUUUUUGACAGUGUUCUUAACCUUGGUUAAAACACCCUAGUUUAGACUGAUGACUACCUUCUGGGAGGAGAAGCUGGUAGAAAGCCUAUGGGAGAUUCCAUGAUUGUUGCAGGUUCAAGUUUCCUCUUCCUCUAGAACCGUCACCUGGUUGACCUGGAACCUUUAGCUUGCCUUACUAUGCCAAGCCACUGCAGGUUGAGUUAGGCCAUAUGGCAGCUGGCCAUCUUGCCCACAGGCCACCAGUUCCUGGCUCUGGGCAGAACAUUUAAGAGAGACCUAUACUUCGGUGCUUGAAUCCCAAAUAUCCCAUGUGCAAUAAGAAUUCUGUAUCACUGUAGACGCCAACCUUAGGAAAAGCUUGUCACAGUGCUAGGUGUUGAAGCCCUUGCCAUUUUUAUAUAAUGUAGUUGCUACAUUGUUGCCUAGAAGCAUGAUGUACCUUGAAAUUAAAAAAAAAACUUUUAAAACAUGAUUAUUUUACUGCACUAUGCUUCUCUUUAAAUAAGUGAGUGAUUAUAAAUUUAUAAAUUGUAUUGUUAAAAAUAUAUCUUAAUUGUUAUGACAUAUUUUGAACCCUUAUUAAAUGGAUUCAGAUAAUUUAAAAGCCACAGAAGCCACUAAGUGGCUUCAUCCUUGAAAAUAAGGGGAAGAAUUCAGUGUAGUGUUAUGGUAACUGCCUCCCUUGUGCUAACAGCAGUUCUUGCACAGCCUUCCACUAGUGGGACUCAUUAGUUGAAUUCUGGCCAAGGUAUCUUGUCAAAUUGCACUCAAAAGUAAAACUACAUUCUAGCUGUCUAUAAAAGUGUAUAGAUAAUAUUUUUAAACAUUGCUAGAACCAUUUCCCCCUGAUCUACAUUAAGCACGACGAAGCUGCAAUAUUGCUUUAUAGCUAAUGGGUAUUUUUAAACUAAGGGCAAUGGUUGUAAACUGUGAUUAUAAACUUGUUCUUAAUUAAAAGCCAUCUGAAAACUGCAGAAAUGCAUUUGAGGAUCCAGAUGCACCUUGAUGCACUGAAUCUUGCCAUGUCUGACAUCUGUUUCCUUGGGUGUUUAAAUGUAUUUUUAAAUGAGAGUGCUGUUAAUGGUCGUUUGGUUUUAACGAUGCCCGUUGCUUUUAAGAAAACUGAGCUAUCACUGACCGAAUAUCCUUUUUUUGAAUCGCUUUCUUAUAAUGUUAACUUGCACAUUAUGCAUUUAGGAUAGAAAGCAGCAGCUGUAGUAUAACAAAACAGAUGUUUUAAACACCUUUUAUGUUUGUAAUAUAUUGAUGUACUCUACAGACAUGCUGAUUUUGAACAUAAAAAUGUUUUGUGCAUUCCCUAUGUAUUGGUCGGAUGGUAUCUUUCUUUUGCCCUCCUCUUCCUCUAGGGAUUGUGACUUACAAGGUAAACAUUGGUACCAUUGAAAGAAAAAUUCUUGCGC